UUUUUUUCCUUUCUUUAUUUUUUCUCCUCCUUCUCCUUCUUCUUCUGCUCUUUCUGUGGCGUGGAGAACUAAAGGCUGUGCAGCCUGCACUUUACCAGGGACUUUGACAACAAGCAGGAUGCCCCAAAAAGGGAGACAUUAAAGUAGUGAAAACGGCAGAUGAUUGACUAAAUUGUUAUAGCGUGGACAGUCAACUCUGUUUCCAGAAUACCACAACCAAGCCACGUGGGAGUCUGGAGUAGCCUCAAUGAUGCAGAACAAGGUGUAUGACAUCUGUGAUGAAGGUCACAGUGGCGUAAACCAGCUUGGUGGUGUGUUUGUUAAUGGUAGACCGCUACCGGAUUCCACCAGGCAGAAAAUAGUUGAACUUGCUCACAGUGGCGCUCGACCCUGCGACAUCUCCAGGAUACUGCAGACCCAUGAUGAAGUCCAAGUGCUGGACAGUGACAAGGUGUCCAACGGCUGCGUGAGCAAGAUCCUGGGCAGAUACUAUGAGACUGGCUCCAUAAGACCGAGAGCAAUAGGCGGCAGCAAACCCAGGGUCGCCACACCGGAGGUGGUCGCGAAAAUCGCGCAGUACAAGCGGGAGUGUCCGUCUAUCUUCGCGUGGGAGAUCCGUGACAGACUCCUGUCAGAGGGGAUCUGCACCAACGACAAUAUACCCAGUGUGUCAUCGAUAAACAGAGUCCUUCGCAACCUGGCUAGUGAAAAGCAACAGAUGGGCGCAGAUGGCAUGUAUGACAAGCUGAGAAUGCUCAACGGUCAGACAGGAACUUGGGGGACCCGGCCCGGCUGGUACCCCGGAACAUCAGUGCCAGGACAGCCCAACCAAGAUGGCUGCCAACAACAAGACCCCGCAGGAGAAAACACAAACUCCAUCAGCUCGAACGGCGAGGACUCGGAGGAGACGCAGCUGCGGCUGCAGCUCAAGAGGAAACUACAGAGAAACCGCACGUCCUUCACUCAGGAGCAGAUCGAGGCGCUGGAGAAAGAAUUUGAAAGAACUCAUUAUCCAGAUGUUUUCGCGCGAGAGAGACUAGCGGCGAAGAUCGAUCUGCCCGAGGCAAGAAUACAAGUAUGGUUUUCAAACAGAAGAGCGAAGUGGAGGCGAGAGGAGAAGCUGCGGAACCAGCGCAGACAGGCCAACAGCUCCAGUCACAUCCCCAUCAGCAGCAGCUUCAGCACCAGCGUCUACCAGGCCAUCCCUCAGCCAACCACACCGGUGUCUUUCACCUCGGGGUCAAUGCUGGGUAGACCUGACUCUGCGCUCACAAACACCUACAGUGCUCUGCCCCCCAUGCCCAGCUUCACCAUGGCAAACAAUCUACCUAUGCAACCCAGCCAGACCUCCUCUUAUUCCUGCAUGCUGCCUACCAGUCCGCCUGUGAACGGGCGGAGCUACGACACAUACACGCCCCCUCAUAUGCAGGCACAUAUGAACAGCCAAUCAAUGACCACUUCUGGUACCACCUCAACAGGACUCAUCUCUCCUGGAGUGUCUGUCCCUGUCCAAGUCCCAGGGAGCGAGCCUGACAUGUCUCAAUACUGGUCAAGACUACAGUAGAGAGAAGAGCUACUUCACCCUGUAAACACCCACUUCACCAUCGCCCUCCGGCAGUGCUCCUCACACAUUCACAGCACAGGAGAGUAGAGAAGGCGAGAGAGGGACGAGGAGGAGGAGGAGGAGAUGAAGAGGCAAAAAGGACGGGAAAGGAGAGGAGGAAAGAAAGAAAAAGAGACUCUGCGAGAGUGUCGGGACGUCUGGGCUGUUUUUUUUUUCCAUUGGGACUUUGUGCUGUUCUGUAGCUCUAGGCACAUUCAAAUGAGGACUGGGAGGAGAGAACAACAAUGGAAAAAAAAAGAAAAUGGACAUCUGUAAAGUGCCCAGUGUUAAAAUUUUUAUGGAACAAAAACUUAUCUGUUUGUUUUUCUAUUUCCAACUUCAGUCAUUGUUUCCUUUUUUCUCUGGUGUGUUUGUAAAUGGCCAUUUGUAUGUUAAUAUGAAAAACCAAGAUCAAGUACUGAUAGAUGGACUGCUAGAAAACCAUGUUGGUCUUGCGUUUGUUUUGCGAGCGAGAGGAGAAACCCCGAGAGAUUCUGCCAUGACUAUCUUUUAAUCUGCUUAUAUCGAGACUUUCUACCAGACUUUGCAUGGUCUCUGGACGCUUUUUGCAUAUCAUUUUACGCCGAAAAGCUGGAGGGAAGACUCUUACUGUGUCAGAAAAAAAUAAUAAUAUUUAUUGAUCUUAUUUCUUACGAAUGGAUAUUUAGCAGAGGAAACUCAAACUCGAUCCAUCCACUGAGGCUGUGGUGUCGACUCCUCUGACACGGGCCUUUGCGUUUGCUGGCUUAUUAGAAACGGAUCACUGUACGACAAGUAGACGGAGCAACUCGGACCUCGCGCUUCGGUGGUUGGAUUGACCCUAGAUUACCACGGAGAACAUUAAAUGUGGAAAAACAGGCGUAAAAAGAAAACCUGUAGUCUGUAAAUGGUAGGCUGCGUCUUCGAUAUAAUCCAGUUUGUUUUUUGUCAAAAUGUAAAGUACUUGUCUUCCCUAAGGAAAUCUUCCAGAAAGAUUUCUCAAUAAAAGUUGAUUUCAUUUUA